UCUCUGUCUUUCCUCUCUCUCCAUCAGUACCUCCUGUCUAUGRUCAUAGCUUAUUUUAGCCGGGCUGGCCUCUUCUCCUGGCAGUACCAGAGAAUCCACUUCUUUGUGGCCCUCUACCUGGCGAGUGACUUGGAGGAGGACAACCAGGCUCCUAAACAAGACAUCUUUCAUUUCCUCUAUGGGAAGAGCUACGCCCAGAGUCCCCUGUUCCACAAACUGCGCUAUCAGUUCAUCUGCUCCAUGGGCUGGAACACUCGGGUUUCCAGGGAGGAGUGUGAGGAGAUUCAAGCUUAUGAUCCAGAGCUCUGGGUGUGGGGCCGGGAUCGCACCUCACUGCCUAGAAGUCCUGGUACCAUGGAGGCCUCAGGGGAGGGACAAAAUUCUGUAUCCCUGGCCUGAUGACAGGGUCACUUAUUGUUUAUUUAGGACACUCAAGGACCUAACUUCUUGAUCCAGUCCUGUCCAUCUCCCACCCACAGCCACCUCUGUAGAGGUGAAAAAGACUGAAUCUCCAAGUCAGUUUCAUGGUCUCAAACCCCAACCACAUAGAUGACCUCUUAGAGGUGUGCUGGGUGCUCUGAGGUUGCUCAUCCAGACCUGAGAGAGAACAGUUUGUCACACAGGAUGCGCUAGAAAUCCUUAACCCAGACAAUUUGGGCCCAAAUGUCGGCGGGUGAAAGGUUGAUCUUGGUCUAAAGUGAAUGAAUGUCCUUUAGCCAUGAAUAUCUCACUCACCUGUAAAUUGUCUUUUUUACCCUCUUCUUUUAAUUCAUCUUGGGUCAUACAUUCCUUAAGAAUAUGAAGCAUGGAGAUGAUUUAUUCAUAGGACUGUCAUAGUUUUAGUACAUAUGAUUAAUGUUGCUUAUUUUAUCUAUGUUUAUUUUAAAUAGUUUUGAGAUAGAUGGUGUUUGGAAAAUUGUUAUUUCUUAUUAGUUUUGUGAUUAGUGUUAUAACCGUUUAUGUACAUAAUUAUUUCUCUGAAGUUUUUAAUCUAUUUUAUCUGUUACUUUUAUAUCUCAGUGGCAUUACCCCAUAGUCUUAUAAAGUUUCAUUUGAUAUUCAAUCAUCAUUAUUGUGAAUAUUGAGCUGCUAUUAUUUAACUUGCCUUGACAUGUUUUUCUGUCUUUUUAAAGUAUGGAUUGUAAAAGACCAUAUGUGCUAUGUGAGUUUUUUCAGAGGGGCCUAUGUUCUUUUGAAGAACAUAGCUCAGUGCAUUU